AUAAUUUUUUAACAGCUGUUUAGAGUGAAUUAUUCUGGUGCUGGUUCCAGUUUGUAGGGUUGACGGCGGUGAAAGACACCAAGUCCGAACUCUUGCGGCGGAAGCGGUGGAUCUACCUCCAUUCUCAUCCCAUGAACACCAUUCUCCGCCACCGCCUCAGGCUAAGUCCGACACCUAUUCUCUAUUGCUUCCCCAAAUUCCUUUUUUCCCAACCCUUUCACUUUUUCUCAACAACCACUUCUGAGCCCUGCGCCUUCACCUUAUCCUAUCUCAGCAACACCUGCGGCUUCUCGCACGACGUCGCACUGAAACUAUCUAAACGGCUUCGUUUCGAAACCGCAGAAAAACCCGAUUCCGUCUUCUCUUUCUUCCGAACCCACGGUUUCUCCACCUCCCAGAUCUGCCGCAUCUUCUACCAAGCCCCAGAGCUCUUGGUAUGCGACCCCACCAAAAGGCUUCUCCCCAAAUUCCAAUUCUUUGCCUCUAAAGGCGCUUCGCCCUCCGACACCAUUCUCAUCGUCUCCAAGACCGCCCGUGUCCUUCGUUACGGUCUCAACAGCCAUAUCAUUCCCAUCUUUGAACUGAUCCGAACGUUCUUGCCCUCCGACCUAAAAGCCCUCGCUGUUUUCAUCGCCUGUCCCAAUUUCAUCGGAGACGGUCGUGUUGCCUCCAACGUUCAGAUGUUGCUCGACACCGGAGUGACGCACACCGGAAUUCGCUACUUGCUCUGCUCUCGGCCUUCGGUUCUGUGCUCCGACCUGAGACCCGCUAUUGAGGAAGUGAAGUUGUUGGGGUUUGACCCUUUGAAGCUGAGCUUCACUCUGGCCAUUCUGGCUAAAAGGGCUGUUUCGAAACCUCUUUGGGAUGCCAAAGUUGACGUCUUGAAGAAAUGGGGUUGGUCCGAGGAUGAUAUUUGUGUUGCUUUUAGGAACCAGCCUAAUAUUAUGCUGCGUUCCAAGGAAAAACUUAAUGCAGUGAUGGGGUUUUGGGUUGGUAAGCUUGGUUGGGAUCACUCCGUGCUUAUUUCGUCCCCAACGUUGUUUUCGUACAGUUUGGAGAAAAGGGUUGCACCGAGGGCUUUGGUUGUGCAGUAUCUUCUCUCCAAAGGAUUGGUGAAGAAAAGUGCUAGCUUGGCCACACCUUUUGUUUUGUCUGAUGAACGGUUUCUGCAAAAGUACGUGAAACGUUUCGAGGAGAAAACGCCCAGGUUACUAGAGUUAUAUCAGGCGGCACAGGGAACAUGCUAGCAUCUGGUUGUUGAUACUUAACUCAUGGAUACAUACGGACUUUGGUGUAGUUCAUCUCUAACCAUUUGUUUCAUUUAACAGUACUCUUCAAUGGUGGGUAUCUUCAUGAAUUGUGGGAUUGGAAUGCUGCUUGAAUUUCUAGCAAUUUUCUUUUCCAGUUGUGUGCGAGACCAAGAGGCUGCAUAAUAAAACUUCUCUCCUAUUCAAAUUCAGCUAGAGUAGAACUCCUAUUCAGCUAGAGUAGAACUCCUGCAAUGUCAUAAAUGCUUUUAUGGCCUAGAUGAAUCUAUAUAAUCUCAUGACAGGAGGGAGGUUUGAAUCCAAGACUAUGCUAUGAAAUCAAAUCAAACAUAGUGUUAAAUUUCUCGCUCUUUGCCACGUCAAAGGGUAUUGCUUGACAUGCUUCCUCUCUCGCACCUUUCUUAAACAUGGUAUUGAUGGUUUCUUGUGUUAAGUAUUCUUUCCUUAAAGAUGUUUCUAGUACUGUCACUAGCUUCUGCACUUUCUUCUUUCUUAUAAUGUUUUAGCAAAUUUUGUUACAAACCAACAACAGUUGCGCACAUUUUCCUUCUGCAUUUCAUCAUUAACACUGUUGCAAGCUUCCACAUCC